UAGUACCUGUUUUCAUGGCGCCAUCGGCGCGCUCUGUCGUCAGGGCUCGCUUGCUCCUGCCGUCCAACCCCUCCGCCAGUUACGCCGAGUACACUUGCCGCGUCGCAUUCCAGGCCCAUUCGCGCAGUCCUGGUGUGUGUGACGCGUACAUUGCAUCUGGACGUCAGGUGUUUCACUGCCAGGUGCCCAUAGGCCAAGAGAAUCUGUUGCAACAGGGCAAGGCGCAGGUGCUUCUGCCGCACCCUGUUCAGGACGUCACCCCUACCCCCAUCCCAUCGCUGCGCCACGCCUCUCUCAUCCAGAGCCUCGCUUCUGCUCCCCUGGAGAUCACUCAGGGGGGUGCUGCUUCCACGCUCCUCUCCUCUGUGGACUCACUCGGUCGAACCAUCCUCUCCACCUUCCCCUCCUCCUCCUCGUCUGUGACACCUGACUCCAGCUGCCAACUCUCCCCAUCUCCCUGUGGCUUCACCGAGCCCGGUCCAUGCUGCUCUGCCAUCUCUGUCACAGCGCCAACCACCAUCCGGGUGGCCACCUCCCGCUUCUUCCCCCGCUCUCUAGACCUCCAUGACCCCUCCUCCCCCUCCCCCUCGUCCCCCCUGCGAACAUUCCGCCUGCCCUUCCCCCCUGCUGCUGUGGGCUUCCUGGGGGGAACUGAGGGGGGCAGAAGGGGAGUGAAGAGGAGAGGGGGGGAGGGGAUAGAGGAAGAGGGCGGAGUGGGGGGGCUUCGUCUGCUGGCUGUGUGUGAGGGGCCUCAGCUCAGCAUCUGGGACGAGCGGGCCUCCGAAAACGGUGGCUGCAUCCAGCGAAUCACGGUCUCUCCCUCUGCCGAGCCUCUCUACGCCCUAGCCUCGGCAGUAGGCUCGGGAACAGGCUCGCUGACGGGUUUGGUAGCUGUGGGAGGAGCUGACCGCACUGUAGCAGUGUACGACGUGCGGAAAUGGGCGGCGAGAGGCCGAUGGGUCGGCUGCGUUCGGCAGGACGUGAUGGGGCUAGCUUUCCCUGUGGCUGGUGGUGAGACAGAGGGAGCAAGGCGGGGGAUUGAGGUAGAGGAAGCAAGCCGAGGCGUUGGGACAGAGGGAGCAAGACAGGAGGGUGUUUCUUUUGGAUCGGAUGAGUCUAUUUUCGUGUGGAGUGCUGACAAUGAGGUGGUUUGUGGAAGGUGGACUGAGGGAGAGGGGAGGGAGGGAGGGGUGACUGGAGCAGGCAAGGGGAGGGGGAAAGGGGAGGCUGGAAGGGGGGGCAAAGGGGGAGAAGAGGGAGAGGGAGGGGGUGGUGGGAGAGGAAGGGCGCAGCCAAGCAGAGAGAAGGUAGAUCAGCAGUAUAGGGAGCAGAAAAGCAGGGAGCAAAAGACAUGCACCGAUGCAAUCUGUAAAGAGGAUGUGGGGAGCACUCCCAGGGAAGGGGGACGCACAUGGUUGGAGGAAAGAAGGGCACCAGGAGAGGCGGAAGCAGAAGCAGAGGGGGAAGCAGUGGAGGGAGGCAGGGGGGCAUCACGUGUUCAUCAAUCGUUUCGGGGCGACAGCGCGUGGUGUGGCGUUGCCAGGGACUUCAACUCGAACCUGCUUGCAGGCUGGUGCAUGUCGGGGAGCUUCAUAGUGGCAGAUUGCACACACUAGUGCCCUGUCCGUGUAUCAUCUUUAUUCAAUAACGUGUAUCAAAAUUGCAGUAUAUAAUGUUCGACAUUUAGCUCCAGCAGAUGGCUUGGGUUGGGAGGACCACAGAGAAAGAGAGUAGUGGUGGUAGGUAUGCUGUUUCGUAGAAGUAUGAUUUUGUCACAGCUGUGCUAUACCGGUACGGUAUCACUGGCAUUGCCACCAGACUCAGGGA